AUGUCGACGUCGACAUCAACGCCGAUCGGCGCACAUACGUUGCUCGAUGCAUCACCAUCCACGCAUUCUACACCAGCCUCUUACGCCUCACCCUCCUCGCACGUCAACCCUUCAUCACACCAUUCGCAUCCUGCAGCUGUUCACCCUCCUGCGCAUCAACAACCACACACCGGAACAUCCACUCCUACCUCAACUUCCACCACCUCUAUCGAUCCUACCAACCUCUCCUCACACCCAACCUACGCCGCUCUCUUCCCAGACCCCGACUUACCCAUUGCCAACAUUUCCCGUAUCAUGAAACGUUCGCUUCCCGAAAACGCAAAGAUCGCAAAAGACGCCAAAGAAUGCGUCCAGGACUGCGUCUCCGAACUCAUCUCCUUCAUCACCUCGGAAGCCUCCGACAAAUGUUCCGCCGAAAAACGCAAAACCAUCAACGGUGACGACAUCCUCUACGCUAUGAGAGUCCUCGGUUUCGACAACUACGAGGAGAUUUUGAGGGUCUACCUCAGCAGAUACAGAAUGGAACAGGAAUCAAACCCCAGAGUCAAAAAGAGAGGAAAAGCGUCCAAGAAGGACGGACCCGACGAUGACGAUGACGAGGAUGACGAGGAUGCAGAUGAAGAGGGGGACGAUAGUAGGGUUGCGUCCGGGUUCAAUAGUCCGAUGCCCGGUCAGGCGUCGACUCUCCCGACCCAUUGA